ACUCAACAAGACAAAAUGGUUGUGUGGACAGACUUUGAGCGUACCACGAUCCAGGACAUCUUCUCCAAGAUCGACUAUGCGGUCGUUGGGCAAGCAGCUUUUUCCAGGUGUUUGAUUGUCUACCCCUGGACUCAGAGGUAUUUUGGUGGAUUUGGAAACCUCUACAAUGCUGCUGCUAUUACAACAAAUCCAAAGGUUGCUGCUCAUGGAAAAAUUGUCAUCGAAGCUCUGGAAAAAGCAGUGAAGAACAUGGACAACAUCAAGGCUACAUAUGCAGAGCUGAGCGCGCUGCACUCUGAGAAACUGCAGGUGGACCCUGACAAUUUCAUGCUCCUGGGUGACUGCUUGACCAUUGUGGUUGCUUCUCAAUUGGGUAAAAACUUCACUGCUGAGGUCCAUGCAGCUUUCCAGAAGUUCCUGGCAGUGGUGGUGUCCUCCCUCAGAAGACAGUACUACUAA